GUUUACCCCUGGUUUUUCCUCAGUCAGAGCGAUACGUCUUUCACUCAUAAGAAUACCAGGAGUGAAUACCAGGAGUGAAUACUAGGAGUGAAAAGCACAAAGGAACAACCGGAUAUGACAAAGCUAACUGGUACUUUAACUCUUAAUACCGGCGCAAAGAUCCCACAGGUUGGUUUAGGUACAUGGCUCUCAAAUGAGGAGGAAGGUUAUCAAGCAGUCUUGACAGCUCUAAAGGCAGGUUACAGACACAUUGAUACUGCAGCGUUUUACAAGAACGAAGUUUCAGUGGGGCGUGCUAUCAGAGAAUCUGGUAUUCCAAGGGAAGAGAUCUUUGUCACUACAAAGCUAACAGGGACCCAGCAUAGAGAACCUAAAAAGGCGUUGGAGGAAUCCCUUGAGAGGUUAGGAUUGGAUUAUGUGGAUCUAUAUCUUAUGCAUUGGCCAAUUCCCCUGAAAAAACCAACGGUUGGUGACUACCUUCGUGUUCCUCUUAACCCAGAUGGCUCAAGAGCAUUGGAUAACGAUUGGGAUUUCGUGAAGACGUGGGAACUCUUACAAGAGUUGCCCCAAACAGGGCUAACAAGGGCAGUUGGGGUUUCUAAUUUCUCAAUAAAGAAUUUAGAAACUUUGUUGAGUGAUAAAAGAACCCAUCUGACACCUGCUGUAAACCAAGUUGAGUCCCAUCCGUUAUUGCCUCAGUUUGAGUUGAUCCAAUUUUGUCAAUGGAAGGGUAUUGUUCUCGAGGCAUAUUCACCUUUGGGCUCAGCGAACUCAAAUUUCUUCUCAGAUGAGUUUCUCAAGGGAAUCGCAGAGACUUACAAAUGUUCAGUGGCACAAUUGUUGAUCAAUUGGGGCUUAUCCAGGGGUAUAGUUGUCCUACCUAAAUCUUCAAACCCGGAAAGAAUUGUCUCCAAUUUGGAAUCCGUUGAGAUAUCCGAGAACGACUUGGAAUCAGUGGGACAUCUGGUUGAUAAGUACGGGGAGAAGAGGUACGUUAACCCAGAUUGGAGCCCAUUUCCAACGUUCCAAUGAACUGUUCCCUCCAGACGCAGUGAUGAUAAUUAUAACCUUGCCAUAAUUUAUCAUAAUUAUUAUAUCACCCAAACACCUAUAAACCUAGACACCCAAAC